UCAUAAUUGAUCUUCUUAAUUUUGUGAUUUCUCUGCUACAAGUCUGUCGACCUCCCAGUGUCUCUGGCGACUGGAGAUUGAAACUUAACAGACAAUGAACGCUACUUCAACUGAUAUCAUUCAUGAGAUCGACGAUGGAAGCGACUCGGACACAAAUACUGGCGAUACACCGGAAUACUACCAGCCGAUCUCGGCCGUUGAUGAUUCCGAUUCCGAUUCAGAUCAAGUGAGCUCAGAGGCAUCCAACGGUUCUAUUCAUAGCCUUCCGAACGGUUAUUAUGUUAAUGUAACGGAGAAUGGAGUGUCGAGGAUGGAUGUAAACGAGAAGAGCGGAAGCGAAGACGAAGAAGAGGAGAGAAUGAUAGAGGAGUCUGAGACGGCGAUAAUGAGAGCGUUUAGAGAGGAUGAGAAUAGAAGAAAUGCUCCGUUGAGUGAAGAGAACGCGACAAGAGUAAUGGAAGCUAUGCGCGGCAUUUCGUUUGGCGGUUCGGCUCCUGAUUGGACCAAUCACGUUCCUGAACAGCGAUGGAUAGAUCAACUCAGGAGAAUCGGGCCACCUCAGCCGCCCACCACUUAAAAACAGAAUUCUGCAUUGCCAGGCUUUGUUAUGGUAUCCGUGUUUUGUAUAAUUAUCAUUUGUUAUUGAAGUCUUGUUUAUGUGAAAAUGAUUCUGGAAACUGAUGAUUUGAGUUUACAAAGAAAUAUAUUAUUAUUCUC